GGGAACUGGGAGGGGUCUCUUCAGUAGCUAGCGCGGUUGUUUGCGUUCUCGCCGCUGCGCUUUUGGAAGAGGGAUCGCCCAUCUCCGCCUGUUCCAGUCGACCGCACAGGGAAGACCACCCGGAUCGCGAGGAGAAGCUCUACUUAGUGGUGACAAUGCGCGAAUAUAAUGAAAACAAGGAGACAUGUGGGACCAUCUGCCUCAAAUACCUGCUCUUCAUCUUCAACUUCUUUUUUUGGCUGGCAGGUGGUGCUGUGAUGGCAGUAGGCAUCUGGACCCUAAUAGAAAAGAGUGACUACAUUAGCCUUCUGCAGUCUAAUACAUACAUGGCAACAGCCUACAUCCUGGUGGUGGCAGGAGUUGUCGUCAUGAUCACUGGCAUCUUAGGCUGCUGUGCCACAUUCAGAGAGCAGCGAAACCUGCUGAGAGUGUAUUUUAUAUUGCUGCUGUGCAUCUUCCUCCUUGAAAUAAUUGCUGGAAUCCUGGCCUAUAUCUAUUAUCAGCAGUUCUUCCCUAUGAACCCACAGUUGAGUAUGGAGUUGAAACAAAACCUGAAGGACACAAUGACCCAGAAGUACCGAAAGCCAGGAGAAGAAAGUGUGACCAGUGCAGUGGACAAACUGCAGAAAGAGUUUAAAUGCUGUGGCAGCCAUAAUGCUUCGGACUGGAGUGACAGUGACUGGAUCAAAUCCCGUGAUGCUAUGAUGCGAAAGUUUCCUGACAGUUGCUGCAAGACCCCAACAGAAUUGUGCGGACAAAGGGAUCAUCCUUCAAAUAUCUACAAAGAGGGUGGCUGCAUCACUAAACUGGAAAACUUCAUCCAAGAGCAUCUGAAAAUUAUUGGAGCAGUAGGAAUUGGCAUUGCUUGUGUGCAGAUAUUUGGGAUGAUCUUCACUUGCUGCUUGUACAGGAGUUUGAAAUCAGAACCUUACUAGAAGCAGAAACCACCCACCUGCUCAACUCCCACCAUCCUCCAGCUCACCACCUAUCCUCUGCCUAGCAGCACGAACACUCUGCAAGGAUUUUUGCUGCUUAAUGAAAUUAUUCUUGGUGCCUCUGCCAGUUCUCUGUGAUGCAGCAGGGGAAACCCAGGGAUCACUCAGUCUCUUUUUGUGGUUCCAAAGCACUGUAGUUGCAGAUUUUUUCCUGCAAAAAAACCCCCAACCUGUUAAAAACCAGGGCUGCUAUGCCAUCUGAAAGAGAGAUCCUCAAAGCUGUUGAGGGCCCAGUGCCUCCCGUAUUUCCCUCUCAGCUCUUUUAAUCACCAGGGAAGUUGUCUCUGGAGGGAUGACAACUGGCCACAAGAAUGCAUGAUGUGUGUGCAGGUUAGGAGCCAAAUUCUCUCCUGCUGUACCCCAGAAGAAAGGGCUCUCUGGACAUGCAGAGGUUCUGAUGGCAGCUGUAUCUCAUCCAGGAAGGGUCAUUGUCUCUGCCAAUGGCUGCCCCUGCUGGGUAUGCUUUCCUCUGGUUUGCCUUAUGGAUGGACUAGGCUACCCAUAUCAAUCUGCAGCUUCUUCCACAUGGCCUCUAUCUCUAAGCAUCAGGCUCUUCUGAUGAUGAGAGAAGUCUUGUACCUUUCUAAUGAAGCAUCAGAGGACAUUCUGUUCCCUAAUUUGAAUCCAUGGUCUUUUUUUGUUUCUGUUUUUACUUUAGGGCUUUCAGUUAAAUUGGGUUCCGAUAUCUAGAAUGUUGUCAAGGUAACUCCAUUUCUGGAAUGGACCAGGCCUCCUCCAUAUGAAUUAGCCUGUCUCAGAAUGACACUUAAUUUAAUGGGAGAGGAAAUGCAUUAAUAGCUUUGUAUCAGUCCUCAUAGUCCCAUUAACCAUUGGGCACUGUCUGGCUGAAGGAGAUAUGGAACCCAUUGCUUGCAUACUCCCAUUAAUUUCCAAAGUAUGAGCAAUGGAAAAGAAAGUUCUUAAACUGAAGAGCUCAGUAUCUCUUUGUAUCUGCAAUUACUCCAUCCUAAUGAAGACAGGUGGUUGUCCUAGCUGUAGCUUCCAGCUUUGGAUUUGCUAAUUUGCCUAGUAACAGAAGAGUUCAUUUAAAGAUUGCUGUGGGGCGCUUCCCUUUUUAAGGUAUCCUUAGCUAGCCCUGCUCAUUUCACAGACUUGUCUCUUGCACUAUUGCCUCCUGUGUCGAAUUUCAAUCAUAGUGAUCUUCAAGUAACACUUUAUCCCUUUCAUAUAUCUAAACUCUCAACUGUAGCAUCUGCCCUGUAGUCAUGGCAGAAUAUCCGGUGCAUGGGUAAGGGCCACAUCUCAGUAUUAGAUCACAUACUUCAACAUGCCUUAGGUUCAAAGUUCAGUCACCAGUUAAAAGAGUCAAGUGAUAGGAAAGUUGAGACAUUGAAGAGCUGCUUCUAGACAGCAUGGAGCUAGAUGGACCAAUGGUUUGAUUCUGUAUAAAUUGGCUUUGUACAUCUGAUUUAUCUGGUUUUUGUAUUGGCAGAUAGUGCCUGAUAAAGCUUUUGCAGUGUAUCUGGCUAGAUUUUGUAAAAUUUUUGCUGUCUUCUGUUUACAGCUCUGGUGCCCUAAGAGAUUGUGGUGCUUUCUGAAGUCUGGCCCUGUACAGUUCCCACCACAAUUCCAAAUGUGGUUGUGUGCCCUGCACAAAUUACCAAAUAACUUUUGAAGUGGUUUAUAUUGACUUUCCACAGCUGAAGUGGAGACUGAAGAACAUGUGCCCUUGUUUCCUUAAAAACCUUAAUUGGGUUACUGCCAUCUUUAGCCCUGUGUAGAUUCUGGCAGACAAGCACUUAACAACACCUUGCUUUCUUAGAAUUUUUGUCUAGCAAGUUGCCCCUUCCUGGGGUAUGGUAGGAGUGUCUCCUUGGCUUCAGCCACAAGGUUACAAGGUGCCACUAUGUUCAAACAGCAGCUGGAAAGGUAGAAAGGGAGGGCAUCUAUACCAUCAGCAUGAAAAAGUGUUCAUGCAGGAGGAAGAUUUUGCAGUGUUCUAAGUACUCAGGUGGAAAAACAUCUAAGCUUCUGCAGGACAAGUUACUAACUCAGCUCUUGAGUCAUACACAACUUUGUUUCCUAAAAAAGCUAUUAACCAAAACAUAAACUACUGUUGCUUGAAAUGCUAUUUCAGUCUACCGAAGUGUACAUAAAGUUUUCUCAUUCUGGUAGCUGUAUUGUGGCAUGGUAAGAGAGACCCAGGUAUGCUAGUCAGCAAUCUGCGCCUGCUCUUCAGUUUUCCUCAUAUAACAGUGCUUUAAUCUCAGUGUGUGUUGCUGGCCAAUAAAGCUAAUGUGUCUGUA